GAAAAGUGUGACGCGUUGCAUAAUGAUGGUUCCCGAAAGUCAGCUUCGCCUUAAUACAGUAGUGCUACGCGGUGAAGCAUAAGCAGGGGACGGGGGCAAUUGUCGCGGGACACAGUUUGUAUUUCUUAAUUAUACACGCGUGCACCCGCCAUCUCCUGUCAUAGUACGAGCACCUAUAUGCCUAAUAAGUGUACUGGCAGGCAUUCAGGGCUUUUUCAGGUGUGCCUGUGGCUAUUUGAGCACUUAACUCUUUCGUUACCACGCGUAUUCAAAUCGAUCACCGGUGAUCGAUGCUUUAAACGGCCGAUUUCGACAUGUUGGAAUCGUUUCUCGUGCAGCUAGCGCCAUCCAGUGGUUAGUCUAGGCAAUGCACUUGUAGAACCAGUUUAAAUUUUCCCGCUCUGGCGACGUUUUGAUUUUUGAUGCGCCUUUUUGAGAACUAAUGUGGGCGUGUUGUUGCAAAAGGGGGCGUGGCGGCCGCGCUUGAGAAAAAAUACUGCCACUCGUGGUAAUUCAGCAUUAGCGUCAAAUUUUUGUGAUCAAAAGGCUCCCAGCAAGUCAAAUAUUGAAUCAUAUUGUCGGCUUUGUUAUCUGGCGGCGUUGAGUGGGGAUAAUUACCCGAAAAUGACGCCAGCUAUUCACUGGUGAGCUUUGACUUGGAGUCCGGGUGGUUUUAUUCCACGAAAACGCAUUCCUGAAGGUCCGCCACAUGUCCAACAUGUAUACCUAGCCUUUAGAGCCAGUUUGCAGCAGUUUUGGUUUCGCUUCUCUUGUUAAAUCCGCCAGAGGGCCGCAUCCGGUGUUACUAUCGCAACAACGCCAGUCGCUCCGGUCUCUGCCAUGGCGUCGUCGUCGGACGCAACUGCGCCGCGCGGAAAGCGUUCUGCUCGAAAGUAUUCUUCACCCGCACCUGAUUUUAGUGACGAGGAUUCGAGCUUCGAGUCCGAAGAUGACAGUACUUCUGCUUCAAGCUCUGACGGCGACGAUGUUUCGAGUCAGCCCGGGACAUCCGCAGCUGCUCACCGGGUCCGUACGUCGCUAGGCCAGGAUGUGCUGCCACCGGCUGUGAAGAAACUUCAGUUCACGCCAACAAGGCCGCCCGGAGCACAUCUCGGCCCAGCACUUCGGAGCAGCGCAAGACGCUUUACAACGGCGCGCGAUUUUUUCCUCCUGUUCUUCACCGCAGAAGUAAUAAAUACUAUCUGCAAGAACACGAAUAAAUAUGCUUGGAUGCAUAUUUUGGAGCUUCCAAGCUAUGCUGAAAGAGAUGGGUCGUGGAAGGAAGUGACUCCCGACGAACUAGUGAAGUUCAUUGGACUGCUCAUUUAUAUGGGCAUUGUGAACGUGCCACGCAUCCACCUUUACUGGAAUACCAGUAGGCUUUUUUCAGGGCUUCUUCCUCGGAACGUUAUGCCAAGGAGACGGUUUUCUGCACUUCUGCGCUUCCUAAGUGUCACUGAUCCGGAGGCGACUACUGUAGCUACGCACGGCAGGCUGCACCGCGUAUUGUGGCUUCUGCAACACGUGAACACUACAUCAGCAGAACUUUUUCAACCUGCGCGGAACCUCUCUGUGGAUGAAAGAAUGGUCAAAUCGAAAGGAAGAUCGGGUAUUCGGCAAUACAUGCGGGACAAAAUUGUAAAGUGGGGAUAUAAAUUGUGGGUGCUUGCUGAUUCGCAGACUGGCUAUUCCGUUCAAUUUUAUGUGUACGCAGGCAAACGGGAAACAGCUAGUGCAAGUGGACUAGCAUUUGAUGUGGUGACACAACUGUGCGAUAAAUACCUCAAUCAAGGAUAUGUUAUCUACAUGGACAACUUUUACACAUCUGCGUCUCUCUUUGCUCACCUGCUAAAUCGCAAAACCCUCGCUUGUGGCACGACACGUAAAGAUCGUCGGUGCUUCCCAUCUGAAUUGAAGGACGUGUCAUGGGAGAAAAAGGCAAAGAGAGGUGAUGUUUGGUGGCUCCGACGGAAUAACAUCCUGUAUUUGCAAUGGAAGGACAGGAAGGUUGUUCACAUGAUGUCAACAGCGCACACUGCCAACAGGCAUGUUACAGCCACAAGGAAAGAGAGAAGAGGCGGCGUGUGGACUAUCAUCCCAAUCGAAAAGCCGGUGCUGAUUGACGACUAUAAUUCCGGGAUGCUUGGAGUUGAUAAGUCCGAUCAGCUGAUUGCAUCCUAUAACGUUUUGAUGAAGUGCGUGAGGUGGUGGAAGACGCUCUUCUUUCAUUGUAUUGACAUGGCUGUUGUGAAUAGCUUCAUUCUUUUUCAAGAGCACCACCAGCAACACCUCUCAACACCAGAAUUGCAGAGGAGCGCCCACUUCGACCAACUUUCUUUUCGGAUGGAGCUCACCCAACAGCUGCUCGAGCUUGAUGAUGAAGAGGUUCCCAGAGUACAUCCUGUCCCAAAAGAAGUGCCGCACCAUCCGCAAAAGAUGCCGAAAAGGCGAAACUGCAGGAUGUGCUAUCAGGAACGCAAAAUCGAACAAAAGACAAACGUUUUCUGCGAAAACUGCGAAGUGCACCUGUGCCUCACGAAAACGCGCAACUGCUUCACCGCAUGGCACGAGCGCUGAAGCUGUUCCCGGUCUUUAGUUUUUUUUUUAUGUAGCUGAAGAACGGCGCGGUACAGAGAAUUAAUUUUUUAGACAGUAUUCCAGAGUCAUUGAUCUUCAAAAUGUAUAUUCUAAAUUUUCUUUCUUAAUAAUGUGUAUGUAGAUAUUGUGCCUUUUCUUUCUUGUUUUUAUCAACUCGCCACAAAAAUGGCACUUUUCCGAAUUUUUUGUAUGUUCCCUAAUAAAUUGUUUGCUUUGUAACUUAUGUUUUUGGAAAGAGCAUUUCAUUAUGUGCAAUUUGGCAUGCUGCAACGUGUUCUGGAAUAUUAUUUGUACUGGCAAAAAAAUUUCUUCCGAGACCUAUGAAAAACGGCCAUUUUCUCGCGGUAACGAAAGAGUUAAGGGCAGUAAAAAAACAUGCAUUUAUUUUUUCGAACUGCCCGAUUUUUCAGACGUUUUCGCGGCGCCUAGGUAGUCCGAGAAAUCGGACCUUGACUAUACAACCAACGAAGAGAUGCUUCAAAUGAUCUGUAGGGCGAAUGUCCGGCGGAAGGAGGACAAGAACAGAAAGGACCGAUGCUUGAGGAAUGAACGGGGAAGGAAGUGUGCCGCCACUUCUUUGAAGCAGCUUGAGCUCACAAAAAAAAGAAGCAAAAAGUAUUGGCUGACGCCAAGAUGCAGGUGUCUAUCAUUCAAACUAAAAUAAACUCUUUAAAUCAGUGAAACACAACAUUGAGGUGUUGUGCGCGUGCUAAGAAUAUGUCUGAACAGUUGAGGUGGACUUAACAGCUGUUAAGAGAGAGAAUCUCACUUGUGACGAAGCUCGGGCCUCAUACGAAUGAGCUUGCUAUCAAUUGAUAGAAAUAGCUCAUAUUCGAAAAUAUUUGCU